UUUAUAUUUUGAUUAAGUCGAGCGUAGAAGAUAAAACGAACUCUACAUAUUUACAAAUAUAAUUCACAUAUAUCUCAUAUAAUUAAGUAUUUUUGAACUUUUCGGAAAUUAUUACAUGUAAAAUUUUUAUAUCAACUAAAUUUUUGUAAAAUACAUAGGAAGUGUACGGCCUCUUCGGAGGCACUUAAAUGACAUGGCAUUGAAUCGUCUGGUCAAUGUAAUCUCGACAAAUAAUACGAAACCGACCUGGUCCCGCCAGGCAAUCUUGAGCUGGUGCAAUAAGUGCUUAAGCAGCAAUAUCCAAAAGAUCGACGAUCUGUGUACUGGGGCUGCAUAUUGUUGCCUAAUGGAUAUCCUCGUGCCAGACAGUGUUAAUUUUAGCAAAGUGAAAUUUAAGUGCUACAUGGAGAAUGACUACAUCAGCAAUUUUAUACUAUUACAGCAGUGCUUCAACAAGUAUAAAGUCGAUAAGAGUAUACCAAUCUAUAAGUUGGUCAAGGGUAAAUUUCAGGACAAUUACGAAUUCGCCGUAUGGUUCCGCUUGUUCUUCGAAGCCAACUUCAAUAAAAUGCCGGACGGCUACGAUGCCAUGUUGAAGCGAAACUAUCAGACUUUGGCCAAGGAUUUGAUAAAUACGUCAAAGAUUCAACAUGGCACGCCCCACUCGAUAUUACCCAAGACAAUCCGCGCACGCAGCCGUACUCGUGAGCCGCUCAUGCAGGAUGCGUCAGUCCGUGUGGCGCCAAUAACGGCUGUGGCAAGGGCCAGGGCAAAUGGCGGGCUAUCAACCGACACAAAUCGACAUUAAACGAUAGGUGAUGUUUUUUUAAAAUGUGAUGAAAAUCAUGUGCGAUAAAAUUAAAAAGUUUGGCUGCAUUGCAACAAAAACAUUAA